UCUCUGCCCCCUCCCAGCCACCAUGAGGGGCGCACGGGAGAACAGGGGCUUCGUGCUAGCUGCCGGGCAUUGGGAGGGCUUGACGGGCCAGAGGUGACUGAGCGCAGACGGACCUCAGGAGCGAGGCUCUGUGUGGGGCUGUGACACUCCCACGCCCCGCCCCCACACACUCACCUCAAUUCCCACUGUGGAUUGGGAAACCGGGGGCUGGCCGGCUAAAGGAGGAACUCACAGGGUGGGCUCAGCCUGGGUUCUCACUGGAGCAGAUGGAUGCUAACGGCAGGGCGUCCCCCAAGAUGUGGCCAACAAUCCCAGAUAUUCUUCUGGGCCCAGAGCACUCUACGUUAGCCUGCCUGCUGCCCUGCCUGCUAGUAACCUUGGACCAGCCCCUGGCCCCCUCUGUCCUGGUGUCCCCUCUCCUGCCCCAGGCUAGCAAGUAGGCUCUUCUUGGGAAGCCAGCCGGAGAUCCUUGCCUUUCCUCAGGCUGGCACCUGAUGGUCAGCAACUCUCGGGAGGCCCUGGGUUUGGCCUGGUCCUGCUUGGGGUACCCCCACAAUCGUCUCACAACCCUGUCUCAGCCCAGUCUGGGAUCCCAAUGUGAGAAGGACCUUGGCUCCUGCCUCUCAUCUUCAAAUUUCCCAGACUUGAGGUAGGGGACAGUGGAGAGGGGAUGCUGAUAAGACAGAAUCUUGACCUGAGCUGAGCAUUCCUGGCCAUCCACUCUGUCCUGAACCUCAGCAACCCCUUCAACCAAAGGGUCUGAUGCUGGCCUGGUGAUCUGACAGGAGCUCAGGAAGCUCCAAGGAGAGAGGAAGAAGGUAUAAAUGGGUGUUCUGCACUCAGGGAGGACUGGGUGGCUGUGCUUAUCACAACUGGCCUGGUGCCAAGUCAGGGAGGGUGGAAGGUGAGGCCAAGAAAGAGGACAUGGAGGUGCUGGGAAAACUACUUCUCCCUUGCUGUCUCCAGCAAAUUCCUUCCUCCUGUCUGCAUUCUGGGACUCCUGAAUACCUGCCCCUCUACUGCCUUCCACCCCAGGAGCCUCCCCCUGCAUUCUGGGGUCCCAUAGCCUCUUUCACUUUUUACCCUAGGUGAGCACCUCCUUGUAAGCUCAGGGCCACUGUUGGGUGUUGGGGAACAAAGUUUUUAACACACUGCUGUGCUCCAAAGCAGGCACACACAUGUACCUAGAACACACCAGCCACUGUCCCUACCAUGAUGAUGACACAGCCAUGGACACACCCCUGCCCAGACCUCGUCCUUUGCUGGCUGUGGAGCGGAGUGGGCAGCGGCCCCUGUGGGCCCCGUCCCUGGAACUGCCCGAGCCAGUCAUGCAGCCCUUGCCUGCUGGGGCCUUCCUCGAGGAGGUGGCAGAGGGUACCCCAGCCCAGACAGAGAGUGAGCCAAAGGUGCUGGACCCAGAGGAGGAUCUGCUGUGCAUAGCCAAGACCUUCUCCUACCUUCGGGAAUCUGGCUGGUAUUGGGGUUCCAUUACGGCCAGCGAGGCCCGGCAACACCUGCAGAAGAUGCCAGAAGGCACAUUCUUAGUACGUGACAGCACCCACCCCAGCUACCUGUUCACGCUGUCAGUGAAAACCACUCGUGGCCCCACCAAUGUGCGCAUUGAGUAUGCCGACUCCAGCUUCCGUCUGGACUCCAACUGCUUGUCCAGGCCACGCAUCCUGGCCUUUCCGGAUGUGGUCAGCCUUGUGCAGCACUAUGUGGCCUCCUGCACUGCUGAUACCCGAAGCGACAGCCCUGAUCCUGCUCCCACUCCGGCCCUGCCUAUGCCUAAGGAGGAUGCGCCUAGUGACCCAGCACUGCCUGCUCCUCCACUAGCCACUGCUGUACACCUAAAACUGGUGCAGCCCUUUGUACGCAGAAGCAGUGCCCGCAGCCUGCAACACCUGUGCCGCCUUGUCAUCAACCGUCUGGUGGCCGACGUGGACUGCCUGCCACUGCCCCGGCGCAUGGCCGACUACCUCCGGCAGUACCCCUUCCAGCUCUGACUGUGCGGGGCAAUCUGCCCAGCCUCACCCAGUCGCACCCUGGAGGGGACAUCAGCCCCAGCUGGACUUGGGCCCCCACUGUCCCUCCUCCAGGCAUCCUGAUGCCUGCAUACCUCUGGCAGCUGGCCCAGGAAGAGCCAGCAAGAGCAAGGCAUGGGAGAGGGGAGGUGUCACACAACUUGGAGGUAAAUGCCCCCAGGCCGCAUGUGGCUUCAUUAUACUGAGCCAUGUGUCAGAGGAUGGGGAGACAGGCAGGACCUUGUCUCACCUGUGGGCUGGGCCCAGACCUCCACUCGCUUGCCUGCCCUGGCCACCUGAACUGUAUGGGCACUCUCAGCCCUGGUUUUUCAAUCCCCAGGGUCGGGUAGGACCCCUACUGGCAGCCAGCCUCUGUUUCUGGGAGGAUGACAGGCAGAGGAACUGAGAUCGACAGUGACUAGUGACCCCUUGUUGAGGGGUAAGCCAGGCUAGGGGACUGCACAAUUAUACACUAUUUAUUUAUUUAUUCUCCUUGGGGUUGGUGUCAGGGGUGAGCCAACCCCACCUCUAUGCCCUGAGCCCUGGUAGUCCAGAGACCCCAACUCUGCCCUGGCUUCUCUGGUUCUUCCCUGUGGAGAGCCCAUCCUGUUGCUGGAACCAAGGCAAUCCUGGAUGUCCUGGUACUGACCCACCUGUCUGUGAAUGUGUCCACUCUCUUCUGCCCCCAGCCAUAUUUGGGGAGAAUGGACAACUACAAUAGAUAAGAAAAUGCAGCCGGAGCCUCAGUCCCCAGCAGAGCCUGUGUCUCACCCCCUCACAAGACAGAGCUGUAUCUGCAUAGAGCUGGUCUCACUGUGGCGCAGGCCCGGAGGGAGUGCCUGUGCUGUCAGAAAGAGGGGGUGCUGGUUUGAGGGCCGCCGAUGCAGUUCUGCUAGGUCUGCUUCCUGCCCAGGAAGGUGCCUGCACAUGAGAGGAAAGAAAUACACAUCUGAUAAGACUUCAUGAAAUAAUAAUUAUAACGAAGAACAGUUUGGUGGUCUUUUCUCUUCCACUGAUUUUUCUGUAAUGACAUUAUACCUUUAUUACCUCUUUAUUUUAUUACCUCUAUAAUAAAAUAAUACCUUUCAUGUA